AUUAUUUUAAUAGCUCAUUUGUUCUUCGUUGUUACCGAUAAGAGUUCAUUACGUCGCACAGUUAAAGAGUUACACAUAGCGAACAUGGACAAUUCUAAAUGCGAACAAAAAAAUAGUGUCUCCAGUCAAAAUACAUUUUGUUAAUUAACGUGAAAGUGAAGAACCUUUGAAUAGAAAUUCGGCAUAUUUUUAUAGAUUACAAAACAAUUAUGCAAUCGGCUCAUUCCGUCCUUUCCGGUAGAUUUACCAUUUACGGUUGUUUCAUUCAUCUUUGAUUUCAUACAUAUAUGACAUACUUGCUGUUACAGUUUACUAAUACACUAAUAACAUAUAAUAUAAUAUUAAACACGUCCACAAUAGUUGAAGGUCUUCGGAUAAAACUCGACGAACAGUGGAAAAUCAAUGUGGGCGAAGUAGUUGUUUAAUCCAAUAAACUUUUGUUAACGAUGACCAUUGUUGUAGUCUAUUAUUGUUUUCGUCAUGGACAACAGCCAUUGGGCUGACAAAGAAAAAAACGAUGAAGUCGACCUGGAUGAAGUGUUGCCUAUUGUCGGCGAAUUCGGACGAUAUCAAAAACUAUUAUUGUGGCUAGUUUGUCUGCCUGCUUGUAUUCCUUGCGGCUUCGGUGCCUUCAAUCAACUUUUUAUGUCCGACGUACCACCUUACUGGUGCAAAGUACCACAAUUGACCAAUUUCACUGCUGAGCAGAGGCGAUUAAUUUAUGAAAGAAGUAACAAUACUGCAGUAAGAAAUGGAUGCAUGAGAUAUGCUGUUAAUUGGACAGAUAUCCUAAUGAUGACGGGUAACAAUUAUGGUUUACAACAACUUGUGAAUGAAAGUUGGCCCGUUGAAAAAUGUUUGGAUGGCUGGGAAUAUGACACCACUUACGUAAAAUCUUCUAUCGUAAUUGACUUUGAUUUAGUAUGCGACAGAGAUAUUUAUCCUACCUUUGGAUUAGCAGCUCUUAAUAUAGGCGGACCAAUCGGUGUAUAUUUUUUCGGAGUCUUAAAUGAUAGAUACGGUCGUAGAAAGUCAUAUUUUUUGUGUUUAGCCACUUUGAUCAUUGGCAGUCUAUUGACGGCAAGCGCGAAAAAUUUUUGGUGGUGGGCUGUUUCCAGAAUGAUUGUCGGGUUAACUAUACCAGCGGUUUAUCAAAUACCAUUCAUUAUUUCUCUAGAGUUGGUUGGUCCCAAUUACAGAUCUUUCAUUACGGUUAUGACUUGUAUGUUUUACACACUGGGACUAGUACUAUUAUCUGGAAUCACUUAUUAUGUGCGCAAUUGGACGUACCUUGCUUUGGUUACUUCAGCGCCAUUUAUUAUUUAUUUUAUAUACUGGUGGUUCUUACCAGAAUCACCUAGAUGGCUUUUGGCCAAAGGUCGACUUGAGGAGGCGCUUAAAAUUCUCGAAACUUUAGCUAAAACUAACGGAGCAGUACUUCCAGAAUCGUUCAAACAAAAAUUAAAACAAAAAAUGAUGAUGGAGAGAACGUUAAGUGAAGAGCGGCGUUUAAGAAAUGGACCAGGUGUAAUGGCUUUAUGUCGUACACCUAACAUGCGCUUGAAAACAAUUUUGAUAACAUUUAAUUGGUUUGCAAAUGAUAUGGUUUACGUGGGAUUGAGCUAUUAUGGCCCGUCUCUUGGUCAAAAUCAAUAUCUGAGUUUUUUACUAUCUUCCCUAGUAGAAGUGCCAAGCUAUCUUGUGUGUUGGCUAUUAAUGGAUAGAUGGGGAAGAAGGUGGCCUUUAUGUUUAGCAAUGACGCUAAGUGGUUUAAGUUGUAUCAUUACCGUCAUUUUACCUACAGAUGCAGUUAUAACUACUUUGGUUCUUUUCUUAUUUUCUAAAUUUACUAUAUCUGCUUCUUUUCUAAUAAUUUAUCCCUUUGCUGGAGAACUUUAUCCUACACAAUUGCGAGGGAUUGGAAUCGGAACAUCAGCUUACAUUGCGGGUCUUGGAUUGAUCUUAAUACCGUUCAUUAAUUACUUGGGACGCGAAAACCUAGUUUUACCACUUCUCAUCAUGGGCAUACUUUCAGUCAUAGGCGGAAUUACAGGCCUUAGACUACCAGAAACAUUGCAUUAUAAAUUGCCACAGUCUGUAGAAGAAGGCGAAGAAUUUGGAAAAAAUUGGACAAUGAAUGAUUGUUUGAAUUGUAUACCUAAGAAGCCAGUCGAACGCUCUAGUUCCUAUGAUGAUUUGACAGAAAAUUUGGAGAUGUUACAAACACCAGAACUGAGUAGACUUACUGGAAAUACAAACCGCCGAUCCCGGUUUACAAGACAGCCGAGCACUAUGGAAACUCCAUUGGAUUCCGCUGGUGUAGUUAAAAUGACUUGUUGGUUUUGAUUUCUGAUAAUUUUUAAUUAGUGAUAAUUGAUGAAAUGGUAAAAAUCUAUACAUACUUAAACGUAUUAACUUAAAUGAUGUUACUUAGAAUAGUUUUAAUUUGUCGUAAACCUACUGUAGUUGUUAUUUGUGAUUAAUUGAUUUAAACAAUGUUUUUGUACAAAUUGUUUAUGUAAAAAAAUCUAUUAAUGUUGUGAAA